AUGUUUGCAUCAUUUGUAGACGCUAUCGGGAUAAGCCCCUACUUCCUGAGUCUAUCUGGCAUCAUCAUCCGUACUUUCUCUGAGCUGGCUCCUGAAUUUGGAGCCUUGACAGAGUUGUGCAUCAAUGGGCGUCUGGACUUUGGACAAAUAUCACUCUCAAAUAUCGAAACUGUGCGUUCGCUCAGAAUCGUUGAUGCUAGAUCUAUGAACGGAUUCCGGCAGUUCAUGGCCGCGUUCCCACGGCUGACUCGAUUCUCUUUCACAUCUACAAACCCUGUAUCACUUCACCUUGAUCAAACGAUCUGGCCGGAGUUAAGGUUCAUGUAUUUAGGUAGCGUUUGGAUCACUGAGAAGGCCCUAUCUCACAUUAUAACGACCACAGAGUCAGAGGAAAUUGUCCUCGAGCUUGUGGCAGUCACCCUAGAGAACAGCACCUGGGACUCGUUCUGGACAGCGAUGCAGCAGAGCGGCCAUCGAGUCACUCCAAGGGACGGCACGAGCAAGUUCCUCGAUGGCUCUAGUGUAGUAAUCUAUAAAUAG